AUGCUUGCAGUUUCCGUGGAUGGAAAUCGCAAGCAUUACCGGUUCAAGAAUGCAUCUAGAUCCGAGGAACAGGCCAUUUUUCAAGGCGUCUUCAUAGCCAAGGAUGAAGACGUUGCCAUAUUUGUGGACCACAUACACAGGACAUCCAAACAUGUCUCUGGGAGAGGUGUUUGUGGAGGGGAGUGGUCAGCAGCUAGCGAGACCUCCCAAAGAUCCACCAGCAAGGUAGAUGAGGAGGGACUGGAGCUUGCGGUGUGUAGGCAUGGUGUUCUGCUGCGUGCUCUCAAUAUGUACAGGGGAGAAAUGUUUGCUUAUCCCCUGUAUUUGCAAGAAAAGCUUGCCAGCAGGCAAAUCACUUUCUUCUGUAUGGAUGUGACCUGCAAGUAUUGGCCCUACCUCCAAAAAGUUGCAAAAAGCUGUCCAGAGCUCCAGCCCCUCCUCAGCAUGAAGCCGUUCCUGUCUGUAUUUCAUGCCAAAGCUCAUGAUUUCAAAUGCGAGGUCAAAUGGAGUGGGGCAUAUCAGGAAGGGGCUGGCCUAACACUAGGCGAGGAGGUUGAGCAGUGCAAUGCCUUCCUCUCUAGGAUUGCAGUGACCACAAAGCACAUGUCAAAAGCUGGACGCACAGACAUGCUGACUCUCUUGGCCAUGCGCUGGAAUCAGCAAAAGUUGGACAAUUUGGCCACCUCACUGUCUCACAGAUAUCACAAGGAUGAAAGCACGGGUUAA